AUCACUUGAAUUUCAUGAUAACACAAACACAAAAUCUUAUUGAAUGAGUUCAGUGCGACCGAAGUACCCGUUUUAAAGAAACUUGCAUGCUGUCUUUUUUUAUUAUUGGGAAAUACAAGUAAAGAUUUGUCAUCUCUGUAAAAAAUGUCAAAUAAAGUCGGAGACUUAAACAUCCCGACGAAUAAGAAACUCAAUAAAAUAAAUUUUGUGACAGCCUUCACCAAACCAUAUAGACAAAAUGGUAACUGGGACCUUAAGAACGGAUAUACAGUCCGGCCCCGCGAUAUGUACUCCCAGAAAGACGAAUUCCUGUAUAUAGAGGAAGACAGCGAAUACGAUGACGAAAUACCAAAGAAACCGACGGACAAACGGACGACCGAUGACCUAGGCACCUGUACCACGGCCCUGGGGGUAGUGUGUGUGAUAUUUCUACCGAUUAGUGCUAUUCUGAUUACCGUGGGGGCCAGCACGCCUUACUGGUAUGACACGGCGGGGACACACAGUCUCGGGCUGUUCCAGAGGUGCGACCUGUCGACUUCCACCUGUGAAUAUAUCGAUACCUUCCUAUCGACUGCGUCCUCGGACAUGAACUUCACGUGGAAGUUGGUGACAGGAUUAACAUUAUCGGGGGCGUGUCUGCUCUUGAUGGCCGCCCUAUUCUCCUGCUGUUACUUGGCCUGUAAAGAAAUCAACUUCUCCAAAGCCAGCUACGGAAUGCUAAUCUCUGUUGUCAUCAUGCUCGGAGCUGGCUGUGCGUUAAGUGGAACUGUCUUGAUGACGUCAUACUACAUCACCAAUCUUCAGACAUGGACAUUAGACUGGUCUUUCUACACAGCAGCCGUGGGGUCGGGGAUGUCCUUCCUUGUUUUUUGUAUAUAUAUUAUCUACGUGUUUUUGUUAACGUUUUCAGAUUAAAGUUGUUUUGUAUGACUGCA